UUAUCGUAUAAAACCAGCGAUUGCACCGAUGGACGAUCAGAAAUCCACGAGAGUCAGAAUUUGGAUGGUCGGAGACUUCUCGUCGGAUCCUGCGAUUUUCUUUCAACUCGAGAGAGAACUUUUCAUUUUCGACGGAAAAAAUCAGACGAAUCUCGAUCCUCUGCUAUCAUGACGACAUUGAGGAAAAUCCUGCUCGUGUCCGCUAUCGUCAGCUGCUGUUUGGCUUCAUCAUUCUCCGGUGAUGAUGGAUCAGUCCCCAAUCCAUCGAAAACUGGAUGCACUGGGCAACAAGAUUGUCGGGACGACGAGUGUUGCACUGCCUCCCCGUACAGGAAUACAGUUCCAACAUGCCGCCCUCGAACAGCGAAUGGACAAUCGUGUGCUCCAGACCAAAAGCCAACGGAGAGUGAGGGCUCUAUCUACUUCGCUCACUGUCCCUGUGAACCAACGCUCAUCUGCAAUCGAGAGCUGGGUGUUUGUGGGCUUCCACAGCCAGUUUAAAGGACAAUAAGAUCGAAUUGAAUGAUUUUUAAUUUUUUCUAAACCGAAAAAUUGAUUUUUAAAUUCACUGAAUUUUUCGAAAUUUUUAGGAGUCACUAAAAACAUUAAUUUCUUCCCAUUGAGUACUAAUACUAAUUGAGUACUAAUAUCUCCCCUGGUAAUCUAAUUUUCUAUUGUGAUUUUAUAAUAAAAAUAAGAAACCGCAAAGUAAGAAA